AUGGAGCUCAGGGCGGGUGUUUCCAAACAGGGCAUUCGGGAGCAGAUCUGGGACUACAUGGAAGCACAAAAUAUAGCUGAGUUUCCCUGGCCUGUCCAUCGUAGGAUUCCCAACUUCAAGGGUGCGUCUCGGGCCGCUGAGCACUUCCCACGCUUGCAGGCAUUCAAAAUGGCCAGGACCAUUAAAGUCAACCCUGAUGCUCCCCAGAAAAACGCUCGCUUCUUCGUCCUGGACAGCAAAAAAACAUUGUUGGUUCCAACACCAAGACUGAGAACAGGGUUAUUUAAUCGGAUCACACCACCCCCUGGGGCAACUAAAGACAUCCUGAGAAAAUGUGCCACUUCUCAGGGCGUGAGGGACUACAGUGUGCCCGUGGACUUGGACGCCAGGGUCCUCGUGGACUUGGUGGUGGUAGGCUCCGUGGCUGUUUCUGAAAAAGGCUGGAGAAUUGGGAAGGGAGAAGGUUUUGCUGACCUUGAAUAUGCCAUGAUGGCGUCGAUGGGAGCAGUCAGCCAGGGGACGCCAGUGGUCACCAUCGUCCACGACUGCCAGGUCAUCGACAUACCUGAAGCGCUUCUUGAGGAUCACGACCUCACCGUGGACUAUAUUCUUACUCCAACCAGAGUCAUCACCACGGGGUGCGAGCGCCCAAAGCCAACAGGAAUCAUAUGGUCUAAGAUCAGCUGUUCGAUGAUGGGAAGAAUCCCAAUACUCAGAAGCCUUCGCUCCCGAGAGAAGCAGGCCGGGAGAGACGUCACGCUUAAGGAUGAGCAGCCGCACCUAGAAGCCCGCAGCCAACACACAGCUCCGCCAGGCACUGUAAGAAGACCCGGGGGCCCAGCCCAGCCAGAGGCAGGUUCCCCGAACGGGGAGGAUGUGCCUUCUGACACUGUUUAUGUGGGGAACCUCCCCCAGGACACCCGAGUGAGUGAGUUGAAGAAAGCCCUCAGAGAACGGGGUGCAGCCCCACUGCGGCUCACCUGGCAGGGCCCCCAGCACAGGGCCUUCCUCCAUUUCCUGGACCCAGCCUCGGCCCAGGAGGCCCUCUCCCGCUUACAGGGCUUACACCUGGGUGCCAACACCCUGAAGGUGGAGCUGGCAGGGCAGCAGAGGGCCAGUGAUCCAGCGGGUGGCCAUGCUAGAGACCCGCACCCAGACCAUUGA